CUGGGCGCACGUGGUUGCAACAGCAACACUCUCAAGCCUUCCGCUCUUCCCAUAUCCUGCCCACGCUGUCUUCCCUCGACCGUAGUGUACAGAUGAGCUGACUCUACUAGAAGGUACUCCUAAGGAACAAGAACUGCUUUUAGCCUAGGAGGACAUAAGUGAUUAAUGUGUAAACUUCCUGAAAAUGUUUGAGGAUACCGAUUGAACCUGCAGAAACCCCUACGACUGUGGAUAAGGAAAUACAGCAGAGAUACUGAAGAGACACUACAAGAUUGAUUAUAUAGCAGUCAGGUUAGAUAACACUGGAUAAGUUGUGAGAAGAAAAACAAAGAAAAUUACAAGUAAAAGCAGAUAUACUCAUAGAAGUGUAAAUUUUGUCGUUGUUGCUAUCCAAAGAAACCGUGGAAUCACCAAUGAGUUGGAAAGCUCUCUUCUGGACUUUGCUCCUAAUUGUGCUCACAGUCAUGAAGGUGGUUGUCACCAUCGUGAUCACCACCGUCAAGACCAUCCUGGUCAAGAACGACUGGCUGUGGGUGGAGGUGGGCCAUAUGAUCGUCUCCUUCGUCAACCAGCUCUUCACCUUCGUCGUCGACCUCAUCAACAUGCUCUUCAGCCACGUCUUGGCCACUCUGCUCUACGACAUCACUAACUUCAUCUACGGCAUCUUCAGCCUGGUCGUGUCUCUUCUGUCGAAGGCCAUGACCCUAUCCUUCUGGAUCGUUCGGUACGUGGUCAGCCGCUGGAGGGAGGUAUCCUUUCAGUCGAUCAGGAAGGCCAACCUUACCGAAGAGUCUACGCUGGCGCUGGACGACAGAAGCUAGUAGGAACGGUUGGCAACGGGGCUGAACUGUACAUAUGGUGUACAUUAGCAUAUACCAUCCAAAUACCAAGUUAUUAAUGCACUGAAGUUAGAAGCAAAAUGGAAACUUUACAGGACUACUAAACUUUUUAAGGGUGAUGAAUGUGCGGGGUUGAUAAUUAGCCUUAGACUGGAGAAAUUCUACUUUUAGCAUCGUGUGCUAUCUGUCUGAUUACAAUAUGAAUUUGUAUUCUUAUUAUUUAUUGUUAUGGGAGACAGAGAAAUAGUGAUGAAUAGUUACUGAAUCAGAGCAAUACGGACUUUCAGGCAGUUCACUUUUUUUUUUUUUUUUUUUUUUUUUUUGUCUUAGUGUUAGCUAGAAAAGUAACAAACGAAACUAAUUUUAACUCCGAUGGUAAUUAUUCAUAAUCAAAGGUGACCCUCUUUAAUAACAUUAGUCUUAAUAAUUUUCUUCAUAAAGUUAUUUAAACAAAUUUCUGUGAUCACUAUUAUAGUACUAUUUUUUUCUUUUAUUGGAGCAUGAACAUCUUGACACAACACACCUGUUUAUGGUUAGCAGUAUAAGGGAGAUUUAUCAUCUCAAAGAAUGACGUUUGUUCCAGUUCUCAACUUAUCUAAGGUGAGGAGAGAAUCUAAUGAUAGAAUUCAAAUGCGUCUCGACAGGCUACUCGAAGCCUAUAAACUUAAUAUCAUUUUACAGCGCUUUUUUGGUGAAAAACCCGUUACCUCAGACAAUUUUAGUCCCUCGCAAGACCGACUUUAGAUCAAGGAGAUGUCAAAGGAGCUGGUUUCUGGCAUCUUAGGAAAAAGAUUAUCACGUGCACAUGCACCAGUAAUUGAGUUUAACCUGUCUUCUCUACUGAAGUUUCUUAUCAACCCUGAAACAUUAGCACUUAGAACUGUAAAUAGGAUUAAAAACUGUGGCUGUAAAUGAAUCUAGAUAUUAAAAUAUAUCUGUAGCCAGCAUAUUUAACAGUAAUUUCAGAUUGUAUAUUUUUAUUUAUCUCGAUUCCAAUCAUUUAUGUACAUAAGAAAAUUAUUGAUUUCCGUGUUGAUGUAACAUACUUUCGCCCAGUAGAUAACAUGUAACAUCUGGCAAUACCUUGCAGUAUAUACCUUUUAUUCAAAAAUUCCGUUUCUCCCUUGUCUCCUCAUUUUCCCGCGCAUCAGUAUCGCCACGUACAAGGGAGCGUUCAAAAACUCCACGAACCCAACCUAAAAACCGCCCGCGACAUCCGCUCGGAAACGUCAUUUAAAAUAGUGUUUUCUGAACAAUUAGAAUAAUAAUCGCUAUAUUCUUUUACUCUCUCGCAGCGGAUGAGAUAACUGUGAUUGUAUACUUAGUCAAUUACUCUAUUGAUCAUUCAUUCGACAACGUGACUUUCAAAUAUGUGAUAAAAGACGGUUACCGAUCUCGAAAUGGCUCUGGUCCUAGGCCGAUAGUAGCUGGAGUCGGCGUGAUUUGGCUAAAGCUUAGUCCCUGUCACAAAGCUCUUGGAGACCAAUACCGUUCCUUAAUUUCAAUUACACCCGUUUUUCUAUUAUCGUGUUCGUGUGUUUAUAUCAUUAUGUAGAUCCGAAGCCUAGAGAUACAAGAAACACUGUAUUUACUAUUAGCAAUCUUAGGCCUAUCUCACUUGAUCCAGCCCUGAUCCACAAGGUGAUAGUAGAAAGACCUACUUAUGUAGGUUUAAUCUUGAUAAAACUCCUCAAGCUCUGUGACAGAUAUAGGCUACGGCAGCGUCACUCGCAUUCUCCAAGACGUUCCGAUUAAGUAGAGUUUCUAUGAAGUUACCUAUAGCAACUGCAUAUUCCUGGACUUCCAACUUACCCGGCCUUUGAUUAUAGAUCAACUUCUCCAUAGCAUCUAACGAUUCUUGAAUUCACUUCACAUGACAUUCGAACACUAAAGUCUUCUGUAACUUCAACUAUCGAGUUUGACACAUCUAAAGAUUCGAACGCUUACGAAUGCUUCGGUCUAACUCCCUCGUAGUCUCCUUGUCUCAUUUUUCCCGCCUUGACUGUUCUUCCCGAAUUAUAAACGAUAACGAUACUGAAUGAGACAAAUAUAGUUAGAAUAGCGACGUACUCAAUAUCUUAGACGGCGGCUAGACUUAGAAUAAAUCAAUAUAUGGUUUGGUGUUGGCGUUGAAAAAGUAUAAUUACUGUAAACGCGAUAUUGUAAACCGUAUUUAGUAAGCUUUGCGGUUAAACCCAGUUAUACAUCAUGACAUUAUUAUCAGCAUGAAAGUAUUAGUAUUGUCUCUUGAUGAUUAAUUUUUAGAAACAGUUGUACUCUCGAUUUACAUAUAGUUUCAUCCUUAUUUAUCAUCUAUUUAGGUAAUAUAUUGUUCUAUGAUAGAAUAAUCAUGAAAUCAAUUUUAUCAAUUCUCUUAAUGUCAUGUUAUUUUAGUCAUACCAAAGAAAAAUGUUAAUUUUUUUAAGUUAUCUGUUUUUAUUUCUUAAUCUGACAAAUCUCUGUUGUAAUACUAAUUCUCAGUUAGUAAGAUUUUACAUUGGCCGUAUUCGAAUUAGUAAUUAUAUAUCGAGUAUCACGGCUGUUCAUAGUAAUUUUCAAAAUCUGUAAGGAUAUGUUAGGAUUAGGUAUAAUUAGAGAAGAAAUGGUGCCAUUCUAUAUAAGGGAUAUAAUGUGAUAUAUCAAUAGUGUUAUCCAAAGUACAUAUUCAGUUCAGUUAUGUCUAUUAGGUCAAAGGAAGUCAAGUUACCGUUGUUGUUUAUCGAUGAAUUAAUAUUAGUUAAAGAAUUUCACCCCUUUACAAGGGAUAACAAGUGAUAUAGCAAUAGCCAUGUAUAUGAUGCUCAUUUAGUAUGGAUGUAUAAACAGGGUCGAAAGAAGAAUUUGCUGUUGUUUAUACUGGUGAUUUUAAGAAUGUUGUUCCCGAAGACUCUAGUGACCCACGCAGGGAACUAGAUAUAUCUUGAAUACAUCUGUUUUAAAAUAUCUGUAUGUGUAUCUAUAUUCAGAGUUUGUUUCCCAUAACUGCAGGAUAAUACGAGAGAGAGAGAGAGAGAGAAUUUCCACGCACUUUGGUGAUAUUAUUUUCGACGUAUGUGUGUAUAAUAAAACACAAUUGUUUAGGCACACAUACACGCAUAAGAUGACAUACGUUCAUAUAUUCGUACAAGCACCCGUCCAACGAUGGGUGCGUGAAUGUGCACAUAUAUGUGUUUAUAGUCUCAACCAAAAAUGAUCUACAGAAUAUAAUAAGAAAAUACAUCUAAUUGUAUAUAUAAUAUCUCACUUUUGUCAGGAAACAAAAUAUAUGAUAUAUAUAUGUGUGUGUGUGUAUAUGUAUGUAUGUAUGUAUGUAUAUGUAUACACACAUAUAUACUAUAAUACAUAUAUAUAAAGAAAUAUGGAUAUUCAUUACAUUAUUACUAUGUUGUACAAUAUGAUUACUAAGUGUUUUAUAUGGGUUAAAGAUUAUAUAUCUGCCUUUAUAUAUUUAUUGUAGUGUCGUGUUAAUGUAUUUCUCUGAGAUUUAUCCAUAUAUUGUAUAUUCAAGGCUGCACCUGGAACGAGAACUUUAAUCCAGAGAUUUUGCUUUUCGGAUAUGUUUUUCAUGUUGGAACAUUUUCCUCUAUUUCCCGUCAAUUUUUUCCAAAGACUAUCUUAAAAAAAGCGAAGUUGAAACGAUAUUAACUUUGCCAAAUAUUUUCUUAUGUCUGUAUAUGAAAAUACUCAGAUUAGGCCUAUAUUUAAGAACUAGGGAACGUCAUGUGAUCUCACUGACCUAUGAUUCGACCGACCGACCUGACAUAUACCUCACCGGUGACCUUAGGCUUAAGCAUUAUGACCCUCCAAUCUGUAACAGCACAUCCUUCGUUCCUGGUAACAGAUUCGCGUGUAUUUUCACCUAUGGAAUUUUUGCAACAACCAUUCCAAGUAAACUGACUCGAGGUAUAAGCUUGGCAACUGUUUUAUGCUAGUUUCCAAAUUAGCUGUUUAGUGACACAUGGCAACUAUUUCAUUUAAAGCGUUUGAGAUCGCUUCAUGCCAACCGUUCCCAAUACACUAGUUGGUGACGUUCGUACGUUGCGUCAACCAUUUCAUAUAACCAUUACAACUAUGAAUACCGUUUUAUGAUUUCAGCAACUAUUUCCUGCAGACUAUACUAAAUAAGCCGGCAUGGGCACCCGUAGCAUAUUUUCCAAGAGGGGGCAAAUUAUAUAUACAUAUAUAUAUAUAUAUAUAUAUAUAUAUAUAUAUAUAUAUAUAUAUAUAUAUUAUGCAGUGGAAUUGCGAUGUCAAUAAUUUAAGUGAAGCAAGAUGCGAUAAAGAAAAAAUACAGUGUUACGUUGACUAUAUUUCUAUAGUUCCAUGUACUGUUCAGCUGAAUUCAAAUAUUUCUGGAAAGAACAAAGCAGUUAUACGUAUACUGUAUAGAAAUAUUAUACAGUACAUCAUGAUACCUUUAAUUCACUUAAACUGAAAGAAUAUAUUGUAAAAUGGAAGGAAAACAAAGUGAUGACGUUAAAUGUAAUAAAUGUAAUAUAUAUAUAUAAUUUUUUCCAGGAUUUCAGUAGGGGCAAGUGCCCCCUCUUGCCCCUUUGUGCGGGCGCCCAUGUAAGCCGGCAUGUGACAGCAACUAUUUUUUGUAUGAUGGGAAACUUCAUUUUACUUUUAGCUUUUGCGAGAGAAAUGCCAUCUUUCUUUACUUGACCUGAGGACUUACAGAACGUCCCAUAGAUAGUUUGUACCAGGAGGCAUAUUCCCCAACUGUAACCGAGUGCCGAACCUUCCCUGAAAAAGCGGGACGCCAUAUUUCAAAAACUAACCAUAGAAUCUUCUUGAAAAUAAUCUCAUUGUAAUUCCCAUACCUAACUGCUCUCAUUUCUUCAAAAUGUAACCGAUCUUGACGUAACCUAGGGGUAUGGCAAAAAAAAAACCGGGGUUAGUGCAAUGCUAUACAUCUCGGGAAUUUGCUACCCGGAGAUGGCUCCCAGAAGGCUUAUAAUACUGAAGAUAUAAGUAGAAAGAUUUAGUAUAUUGAUGAAAAGUUUUUGUACAGAAAACUCUAUCUCUGUAAAAGCAUGCAUGAAGGGACAGGCUCGAAAUUAUAUCUAGGGUAUAACCGAAAACCAGAUUUCAAUGAAUGAUUUAAAAAGAUUAUUUUCGUUAGUCUCACUGCGUACACAACCUUAUGAGCAAGAACAGCCUCAGGAGAAUGGAACGCCCUGAUGUGAAAAGUGUGAGACCAGAACCAAGAAAUGAGAACUAUUUUAAAUUGCAAAAGAAAACGAAUAGAAGGAUCAGGUAUGAUUAAGGGAUACAUGAAAUCAGCUUUAACCAGUAGACUAAAAUUGUACCAUAGACUUACCAUGACCUAAGUAACUAACCGAUGAAAUAACUCUUCAGGUGCUGGAUUUUCUAAAUGAGUUAUGACGUCACGAGAUCCACGAUUGCUGUUAUGAAGGACCUUUGUCAAAUAAUUCUAGCCGACUUAUUUAAACAGUGUAAAAGGGGGAGGUUGUGGAAUAACCAGAAACGUUAAUUACAAAUUGCACUAAAAGUAAAUGAUAUCGAAAACCUUUAAGCUUAAAGUAAGCCUAGCAGUUUGAAAGGAAAUCCUUAAAAUUCCAAUAUGAUACUAACAUCCCCUUAAAGAAACCGCUGGCAUACUAUACAAAGCCUUAGAAAUUUUCUAAAAGCUGGUAAUAAUGGGAACUCUAAAUAUGAACGGAGAAAAGAUCACAAACCUUUGUUUCAGAUAUACAUAAAAGGAUUAAUAUUUUUUAAAGCCUUUAUACUCCCCCCCUUCCCCUUCUCUCCCCCCCUUCCAGAAUUCAAAGACUCAAGCACAAGGUUUGUGACGUCCUAACUUCUUUUGAUGAUUGAGACCUUACUUCCUCCCUGCUAGUGCCUUCUUUUCACGGUAAGGGCUUACCUUGAUGUAUGCCUCUCUCUCUCUCUCUCUCUCGCUAAUCCCUUCCUUCUGCUGUUUGCGCUGACGGAGAGGAAUUAAGUUUUAUAAAAUUAACAGAUGCGUAAAUAAUAUUUUUUUUUAUUAUAUCGUUUAAGAACUGGCGAAUAUCUCAUGGGUUUGUUUUAAUUAUACGUUUAUAUGUUUUUUUUAAUAAACAUAAAUAUAUGUAGAUAUUUUUCUUUACUGGUGCUAUCCUCUCUCUCUCUCUCUCUCUCUCUCUCUCUCUCUCUCUGUAAGAGUUAAGGUACUAUUUUCAUUCGAGAUAAAUAAUCUGCCAUUUCAAACAUGAAAUCAAUGUCUUUUCAGUUAUUAUUCUAAUAACCUUUU